AUGUCUAGUCUAGUUCCCCCGCCCAUAUCGAGAAACAGAGCAUCUUCGACCACUCUCCGUCCUGCCCUUACACUCAAGUCACUUGGCCGGAGACGGUCGACUACUCAGUUGAAGCCACUUCCUUCAACUCCUCCGUGCUGUACACCUUCUGGCGACACUCCUCGACCUUCAAUGUUUUUCAUGGCUCUGUCGACCGUUUUGCAAUGGCUUCAUUUGGAAUCUAAACAUGCACUACUACCAGAUUGGUCUUCGCCGACGACGCCAGAGGAUAACGGAGACGUGUAUGCGCUUCCUUUACCAGCGUCAGCAACCAAGGCAAGCUUUGGCGAGGUACUUACCCCAAAAUCUUCUCAGUACAAUCAGUGGCCUUCUAUGCACGCGCCCAUUGUCUUUGUGAUAUGUCUUUUCCCUCUUUCUACCGCCGUAGUCUUCCUCUCCCUCUCGAGCCUGCCGAUACCUUUUGCAUGGCCCAAAACACUCACUGACCUGGCUCAGCUGGGUAAAGAGCUUCACCGGUAUUCUGAGAGUGGAUUUUGGCCAUCGAUGCAUGUCGUUGGAGUCCUGGCUGUCACAGCAGUGUGGAAACACGCGUGGUCUAUCCCAGGCAGUGUCAUAUGGAAUGUACUCGCAGGCGCACUGUUCUCCCCAGUGUUUGCCACGAUCCUAUUGACAUUCCUAACCACAAUAGGUUCACUUUGCGCGUCGUCGCUAGCGGCUCCACUGGCGCCACUGGUCAUGCGUUUCCUUCCGCGAGUCCUGGAUAUGACACGCUCCGCGUUGGAAGGCCAUGCAAAUAAACCACCAUCAUCAGCGGACACAGAUGUGAAUUCAAUAUCCAGUACUUCCGGUGCUUGGGUUAGACUUUCGGUGCUGAGGCUCGUGGGCGUUGUGCCAUGGUCAGGGAUUAAUAUUGCCUGCGGUGUUUGUGGCGUCCCUACAUGGGACUGCAUGUUGGGUUCAUUCAUUGGCACCUUACCCUGGACAGCAGUAACUUGCCAGAUUGGAGAUAUACUACAGACGGUCGCUUACGCACCCUCAGCAACAUCACAAACUGUUUCAUCCUUGCUAAUGUCACCGGAAAUCAUCAUCAAGCUAGUUUUUUUGUCAUUCUUGUCUCUUGCUCCGAUCCUGGCAAGGGACCACUUGAAAGCAUUAAUCAGCACCUCUGUCACAUCUACUUCCGCUUCCGCUUCGGCAACGGGCUCUAUGCCAGUGGAACUGUCGACUUCGGAAAAAUUCGCAUCAAUCUCUUCUCAACAGUCAGAACAAGAUGAGAAGCGUGUAUCUCGGUGGACAUGGAUGAAAGAAUGGAAGGUCCGGUUACCGUCAAGGUCUAGAACCAGAGAAGAAAAAGACAGGAGUGAUAGAAUGCGACAAUUGGACGAGUUGGUUGAUGAAAAGCAAAGGAUCCGUGAGCGCGAGGAGGGUAUCUUGCCUUCAUAG